AUGAAGAGAGGCAAAUCGGAUGCCAAAUUGGACAAAUUGGACACGUUUGUGUCACUAAGCAGGCAAAGAUCCAUUCAAAUCCUGAUUGCUGUUGCUGUUCUCUACAUGCUCCUUGUCACUCUUGAAAUCCCUUUUGUUUUCAACUCUCGUUUCACCUCUGAAACCACAACCAACACCACCCUCACUCGCUACUCUCACCUUCAAAGCGAACAAGAUUUGCAAGAUAAAGAUGCUCCCACUCGACCUCUUAACUGGGUUUCUCAUAAUUCUGCCCAGCCUACUCACUCUAAACCCGCUCGCCCCACCACAAAAACAAUCAAAAUCUUGUCCACUUUGGUCUUUGACCCCAAAACGUUUGAUCCCACUAAGAAAGACGGCUCGGUCGACCUUCAUAAAGCUGCAAAGACUGCUUGGGAGGAGGGGUUGAAGACAUGGGAUGAAGUGGAAUCGGGUAAAAUUCAAGUUUUGGAGGUUAGAAAGCCUAAGAAUAAAUCCGAACCCUGUCCCAAUAUGGUUUCGCUAUCUGGGUCGGAGUUUUUGAAGCGAAUGAAGGUGGUGGAGUUGCCUUGUGGGCUCACUUUGGGGUCACAUAUAACGGUGGUGGGUAAGCCAAGAGCAGCACAUGCAGAGAAGGACCCCCAGAUUGCCUUGGUGAAGGAGGCAGGCGAGACGGUGAUGGUUUCGCAGUUUAUAAUAGAACUGCAGGGAUUGAAGACUGUGGAUGCUGAGGACCCACCGAGAAUUCUUCAUUUUAAUCCCAGGUUGAAAGGGGAUUGGAGUAUGAAGCCUAUAAUUGAGCAGAAUACCUGUUAUAGAAUGCAGUGGGGGGCUGCUUUGCGCUGCGAGGGAUGGGGGUCUAAGGCUGAUGAGGAGACUGUCGAUGGCCAAUUGAAGUGUGAGAAGUGGAUCCGUGAUGAUGAUGAUAAAUCUGAGGAGUCCAAGGCAACUUGGUGGCUGAACCGGCUAAUAGGUCGAACAAAAAAGGUGACUUUUGACUGGCCAUAUCCUUUUGCAGAGGAGAAGCUGUUUGUCUUAACUCUAAGUGCUGGUUUGGAGGGUUAUCAUGUUAUUGUUGAUGGGAGGCAUGUCACUUCUUUUCCUUAUCGAACUGGAUUUACUCUUGAGGAUGCAACAGGGCUAACUGUUACUGGGGACAUAGAUGUUCACUCUGUAUUUGCUGCUUCUUUGCCCUCAAAUCACCCUAGCUUUUCUCCUCAAAGGCAUCUAGAGAUGUCUAGCAGAUGGAAAGCACCACCUCUUCCUGUGGGGUCAGUGGAACUUUUUAUUGGUGUUCUUUCUGCAGGUAACCAUUUUGCUGAGCGAAUGGCAGUGAGGAAGUCUUGGAUGCAGCAUAGGCUUAUUAAAUCUUCAAAUGUGGUAGCACGUUUCUUUGUAGCACUGCAUGCUCGAAAAGAAGUGAAUUUGGAGUUAAAGAAAGAGGCUGAAUUUUUUGGUGAUGUUGUUAUAGUGCCUUACAUGGAUAACUAUGACCUUGUGGUGUUGAAAACUGUUGCCAUCUGUGAAUAUGGGGUCCGCACUGUGCGUGCAAAAUAUAUUAUGAAGGGUGAUGAUGAUACAUUUGUGAGAGUGGAUUCCAUUAUUGAUGAAGUAAAUAAAGUUCCUGCUGGUAGGAGCUUGUACAUAGGAAACAUAAAUUACUACCAUAAGCCCUUGCGAUAUGGUAAAUGGGCUGUGACAUAUGAGGAAUGGCCAGAAGAAGACUAUCCACCCUAUGCAAAUGGGCCGGGCUACAUUUUGUCUUCUGACAUUGUGCGGUUCAUUGUUUCUGAGUUUGAGAGUCAUAAAUUAAGGCUGUUCAAGAUGGAAGAUGUGAGUAUGGGAAUGUGGGUAGAGCAGUUCAAUAGCUCAAGACCUGUGGAGUAUGUGCACAGCUUGAAGUUCUGUCAGUUCGGAUGCGUUGAAGGUUAUUACACAGCUCAUUACCAGUCCCCCAAGCAAAUGAUCUGCCUUUGGGAAAAAUUACAAAAGCAGGGAAGGCCUCAGUGCUGCAACAUGAGAUGA